UGAAUUGUUCGGUAAUGCGAUUAGCGUAACGCCUCGGUAAAUGCAUGAAUGAUUAGAGAAGGCCAUUUUCCUACGGAAAAUUAGUUGUCGACUUUGUUUGACGGUUCCAGUACGUACUAUUUCUAUAGCGCGCAAUAUGCAUUCGUUCUUUGCUUCAGUCAUAUUUUCUUUUACUCAUAGUAAAUUAAGUUGACUCCAGCUUUAAAUCUUCUCAUUUUCUUAAACAUGGAGUUAACUAAACUUGGUGACUCCAAUGAAAGAUCGCAGUUUCCGUACAUGUCAUUACUCCCGACUGAGCUUCUCAUAGAGAUAUUCAAGCAGCUCCCGAUCUCCACGCUCAUCCAAGCCACUUCCGUUUGCCACCGCUGGAACCAGAUCAUCUUCAGCAUAAUCCACCGGCGAAUUCGCUGCCGCAUAAGCAACGACCUGGACCUAGUCGGGCAAAACUCUCUUAGCCGGUCGUACGGCGCCAUCACGGUGGACUGUUCCACCCUAUCGCUGGCCACUCCGACGCUACUGCAGCUGUGUCGCCGUGCAACGGAGCUCGAAAUUCACGCCAACCUUCUGCACGAAUCGGUACUGGCGGAGCUGCUUCCGCAGUGUCCACGGUUGGAGCGACUCACCGUUCGGGCCAAGUGCCUUGUCGUUGAGGGCGCGUGGAAGACGGUCGAACUGAGGGGAAGGUUUCCCACCAUCGAGAGUGUGUCGGUGAUUGCGGAGAGCUUCUUCUCGCCGGGACAAAAGCGAGUGCUAGCAGCGGGCGGAAGUGUAAAAGGCCGGAAGUCGCGGAUUAAAAGUGCAAUCGCCAAUGGGGUGUUCUGCUGUUGGAAGAAGCUACGGAAGUUGGUCACUUAAUAAAAGUUGAUGAGUGUGGUUUAUGAAAAUAUAUAUUCUAUGCGUUUUAUCAUC